UGCUGCUGCUAUCCUGCCCGCCCGCAGCGAAAAGCGUGUCCGCGAGCAGUGGGCCAGUAGAGGGCAGCCGCGCGCCGCGAUAACCCAUCCCGUCCGCUCGUCCCGUGUACUGCGUGUUGUAGUGUGCGCGCCAUGAUGGCCGAGACCAAAGUCACCGUCACGACGGGCACCGCCCAGGUGAACAGCGACCCGGGCCCGCAGGGCGCCAGCCGCCUGCCUUUCGGCAUCAACGUGCCCUACUUCAGGACCACGCCCGGCAUCAUCAAGCUGGUGCAGCUGGUGCUGGGCAUCGUGUGCAUGGCAUGCGCGUCACCCGCCCUGCUGUCGGGCACCCACUGGUUCCUGUUCGUCGCCGCCGUCAGCUUCACAGCCACACUCAUCUGGGUCUUCGUCUACCUACUCAACAUACGCGAGGCCCUCAAGCUGCCCAUUAACUGGAUACUCACGGAACUGCUGAACACUGCACUGAUGACACUGCUGUACUUGAUUGCAUUCAUUGUGCAGCUUGCCAUCUGGUCUGAGUUUCACUACUCCUCCUGGAAAUCCAGUAAUAUUGCUGCUGGGGUGUUUGGAUUGUUCAACUUCCUGGCCUAUGCUGCAGGAGUUUACUUUCUCUUUGUGGAGUGGAAGAACAGCAAGAGUGGCAACUAGUAAGAUGAUGGUUGCAGUGACUGAGACAGUGCUUAGGCUCUGUGAGCCCCAGAUUUGCUGCCUGGUCUGUACAGAUGCUAGCUCCAAGGGAGUCAAAGCCCUCAUUAAGUAAGCUAUUUAUUGUUCAAAGAGUGUGGGCUUGCUGGAAAUGUAUGACCAUAACACAGUGACUGUUUUAGCAUUCUCAUUAAAUCUUGUAAUGCUCUUUGCUGCAUUUUAAACUGUUAAAGGAACAAAACAUAUUACAACAGCAUAAGUAAAAUCAUUAAGAUAAGUAAAUAAAGUAUAUCAAAUCAAAAUAAUCAUUUAUUUCACUUUUAAAAUGUAAUGCAUAUCAGAAAUUCAUGUCACAUAUUAAUCAAUGUUUAAUACUUGGCUAGUUAUGUCUCAGUUAAGUACACACAUCAGAUAUUCCAUCUUUAAGCAUAUGUAGGUGUCAGUGUUGCACAUUGCUGAAUUAUUUUGUACAUAUUGUUAAAAAAUUAUGUUUCAUUGAGGCAGUGGUAACAAGACAAACUGUAAAAGAACAUUAAUACAUAAUGUUGUAUCAGUUUUCAGACACAUCAUGUACAAUGUAAAUUAUUGUUACUUGUGUUGUAAAAUGGUAUUGUUUACAUAAUUAUGAAAAGUGGCUUUAUUCUUCACUUUAUGGCUCUUGUGAAGUCUGUAGAAAUUUAAAUGCCAUAUAGGAUUCUGUUGUCAAUGAUAUGUAAUAUGGAACCUGUUAUCACCUUGCUAAUGUCUAGAAACACUUUUUUUAUCAGACAAAAACCAUCUACAUUUUUCUCAGUGUUUGUGUGUCUGUUGCAUACAAUAUGAUUACAUCUUUGGUUAUGAUAUAAAUAUUUAAUGUAGUAAUUCAAAAACAGUAUUUCAGUCAGUCAAUCAAGCCAGUAUUUGUGUUAAUACUUGUAAUAUGAUAAGAGCAAUCACACACAUACAUAUUUGAUUUCAUUUAAUGCCAGUGUAAAUAACUCCUGUUAUACUUAUGUAUGUAAACAUUAUGAUAAUUAAAUUUUUUUGAACAAAUCAGUAGUGCCUUAUUCUGUCAAAAUAAAGUAAAUAUAUGUUAACGAAUAAUAUGCAUCAUCUUAUGUGAUAAACAUACAGUUAAAACCAUGAACUGUGUAACAUUUUAGGUCUAGAGAAAAAUCAUAUCAAUAAUUUUCUGUUGAAAUUUUUUCACAUAAUAGAUGAAAAUGUCAAUUUGAUGCACGUAAGUUACAAGACAAAAACUAUAGUCAAAUGGCAGAAGAAAAGACUAUGUUCAUUGUGACCUACUUUGGAAAAAUUAAAUAUUCCAUUCAGAUCCAUGUGGAUCACAGUCCCAAUGAGACAUGUUCCUUGUUAUAGUUCAUCAAACUUUCUCUCUCUGAACCAACGACACCACUACCUGAUGUUGAUCUCAUAUAUCCUUCAACAAAGGUAAUGAGUGAGUGUUCAAACAAAAGUGGAAAUUGAUUUCCACACUAAAAGCUCCUAACUUUCAUUAUUAUGGUACAUAAAAUGAAAUACUGUUAAUAACUUCACAGAAGAGAGUAGGUACUCAUGUUGCUACAGGGAACACUGCCAAACAAAUACAGUGACAGAUGAAGAAUAAAAAUGUACAAAUAUGUUAUCAGCAAGGACUUCUUUACAUAUUCAGUUGUGACUUGCAUCAUCCCUAUGCAUGCCUAAAAUAAAUCUUUAAUAUGAAAGGAUACCUGUUACUAACCACAUAGAGGAGGCACUGAGCAGCAGAUGGGCACAAUAAAAAAGUCAGUUGGAUGUUAUUCAAUUGUCAAGUAAGUUCUUCAUCAGACACAGACAAAAAAAAAAACUCACACACAAAUGCAACUCACACUAACAUGGUCACUGUUGUCUCCAGGCUCAAAUCUGACUGUGU